CAGGUCAUUUGUUAACCAAACCAAUUGGAUACAUUGAAUCCUGCUUUGCCGAAAAAAAAAAUGGCACACCAAGGCAACCUUCUGUUUGCAGUUUGUCCCGUGGAUGCUUAAAGAUACGCAAGAGUGUUUUCAAUAAUCCUGAGCAUUCUGUGAUGGAUCUACAACAAUUUUCUCAUGUGUGGAUUUUAUUUAUUUUCCACAAAAAUGGACGUUUUUAAGUUGCAAAGCAAAAGUUCAACCACCAAGACUAAAUGGAGCAAAAACUGGGGUGUUCUCCACAAGAAGUCCUCAUAGACCCAAUGCAAUUGGACUGACUCUUGCCAAACUAGAUAAAGUAGAAGGUGGAACACUAUAUCUGUCUGGAAUUGACAUGAUACAUGGAACUCCAGUUAUUGACAUCAAGCCAUAUAUUGCAGAGUAUGAUUCUCCAAGACCAACGUACACAUUUGUGGAGGACCCAGAAGAAAACAAAAAGGAACAUGAGGGCAGUUGUGAUACAUCAGGAAACCGCCAAGAGCCAUCUUCAGAACAAUUUAAUAUAAUUUGUCACAGUGUGGAAAAUAACAUUGAAGAUAAAGCUGAGAUAUCUUGCAGUCAUGGUGAAAUAUUAGAUGACCAUAAAGAAAGGGUGACUUUGGAGACUACUGAUGGAUCAUCUCUUCAUGUGGAAGAAUCCUGUUCAUUGCAGGAAUAUUCUUCCAGGCAACAAGGAAAGGAUUUACAUAUACUAGAUCAAGACACAGAGCUUACAUAUCAAGUGAACACAAGUAAAAAGGAUGGUGAAGACAGAGACCGCACUUGUGAUAGUUUUGUCCCAAACUGGGUGACAGAAUCACCUGUGCCCAAGUUAAAGGUCAGGUUUACACCACAUGCAGAAAUGGAACUGAAGCAGUUUCAAGCAGCAUGUGACAAUGGGGGACCAUCCUUCCGUUAUUUUUACUCAUUUGAAGAAGCAAAGUGUGCAAUCAGCACUGUGCUAUCAGCUGACCCUCGUUCAGUUUACAGAAGAAAUCGUUGCUUGGAUCGUUUGUUUUACUUUACCCUUGACACCAUGCAUAUGACAUGCUGGUUUGGUGAUGGGUUUGCAGAAGUAGUUAGAAUACAGCCAGUCUCAUCACAGGCUUAA